AUGUAUAUAGAGGAGAUUACUCUCGACGGCUUCAAGUCGUACGCCACGAGAGUGACCGUACCCAAUUUUGAUCCUUUCUUCAACGCCAUCACUGGUCUCAAUGGCAGUGGGAAGUCCAAUAUUCUGGACGCCAUCUGCUUUGUGCUGGGAAUCACCAACCUGUCUCAGGUGAGGGCGAACAGCUUGCAGGAGCUGGUGUACAAGCAGGGGCAGGCUGGAGUCACCAAGGCUACAGUGUCCAUCGUGUUCAACAACACAGACAAGGCCAACGGCCCUGUAGAGUACCAGCACUUGGACCAGAUCACAGUCACCAGACAACUGGUCAUUGGAGGCAGGAACAAGUACCUCAUCAAUGGCCAUGUGGCACAGCCAACGCGGGUGCAGAAUCUGUUCCACUCGGUGUCCCUCAACGUCAACAACCCCCACUUCCUCAUCAUGCAGGGCCGCAUCACAAAGGUGCUGAACAUGAAGCCGCCGGAGAUCUUGGGCAUGCUGGAGGAGGCGGCCGGCACGCGCAUGUACGAGACCAAGAAGGACGCAGCGCUCCGCACGCUCGAGAAGAAGCAGGUCAAAGUCACCGAGAUCGAAAAGGUGAUGAACGAGGAGAUACUGCCGGCGUGCGAGCGGCUGCGGCGGGAGAAGGGGCAGUACAUGGAGUGGCAGGCCGCCAAUGCCAACGCCGACCGCCUCCGCCGAUUCUGCGUCGCCUACCGCUACGUUCAGGCGCAACGGAUGGAGGAGAGCGGGAAGGAGGAGAUAGAGCGGGAGCGCGAGGGCGUGGCUGAGCUGGCGCGACUCAUCGCUGAGCUGGACGCGGAAGCCGCCGAGAAGGAGCGCGACAUCGCCCAGCUGCAGGCGCAGAAGGAGCGCCAAAGCGGACGCGAGGUCAAGGAGCUCGCCGAAGAGGCCGAUGGACUGUCCAAGAACGAGCUGGCAGAAGAGACGCUGGCUGCCAAGGUGGCGGUCGCGGCCGAGGCGCGCGACGCGGCGGCUGCGGCGGCCGAUGCGGCGGCCGGGGCGGUGGAGGCGGCUGUGCGCGAGCUGGCGGGCGCUGAGGCCGGGGACGGCCGCGACGAGUCCAACCGCAGCGUGCAGGAACGCCUGGCAGACGCGCAGACCGCCCAGACUGCGGCGGAGGGCGAGGUUCAGGAGGCGAACGUGCGCGCGAAGCACCUGGAGAAGCAGCUGUCGGAGCAGCGGAAGGCGCUGGCGGCCAAGGAGAAGGAGGCCGGCUUGCUGGCGCAGGAGCUGAAGAGGGAACGCGGCACCCUGGCCUACGACGAGGCAGCUGCCGCGCAGCUGCAGGCGGCUGCUGACACAGCGCGCGUGCAAGUGCAGCGGUGCAAGGACCACGUGGAUCAGCUCUCAUCCACGCUCACAAGCAUGGAUUUCCAGUACAAGGAUCCGGACAGGGGCUUUAACCGGGCGGCGGUGAAGGGCGUGGUGGCAAAGCUUGUGCGCGUCAAAGACCCCUCAACCACCACCGCCCUGGAGGUGGCAGCCGGCGGCAAGCUCUACCAGGUGGUGGUGGACAGCGAGGCAACUGCCAAGGCGCUGCUUAGCCGGGGGCAGCUGCGCAAUCGCGUCACCAUCAUCCCACUCAACAAGUCCAGAGCACAUGCCGUGCAGGCGGCGGCCGCCAAGAUUGGCCGCGGCCGAGCCACCAUCGCGCUCGAGCUGGUCGGCUUCGACGCCGAUCUGGGCGCUGCCAUGAAAUAUGCUUUCGGCAACGCAUUCGUCUGCAAGGAUGCGACUACUGCGAAAUCGCUGGCGUUCCACAAGGAGGUGCGCACUCGGUGCGUGACCCUGGAGGGAGAUGACUUCAACCCCUCCGGAACCCUCACAGGCGGGUCGCGCAGUGCGGGCGCUUCGCUGCUGACGAGGCUGCAUGAGCUGGCACUGGCGGAAGAAGAGCUGGCGGGCCACUCGGAAACGCUGGCCGCCGCCGAGGCGCAGCUCAAGGGCAUGGCCGCAGCCGCCAAGGAGCACGCCAAGCUGAUGCAGGAGCUGGAGUUGAAGGCGCACGCGCUGAGCCUGCUGCAGGAGAGGAUCGCCGGGUCGGAGAGCGCGCAGCUGGCGGAAGCUGUCGCGGCGCUGGAAGCUGACCUGGCGGCCGCCAAGGACGCCGCGGCCGCCGCCAAAGCGCGCAAAGCGCAGAUGGCCGCCUCCGCCAAGGAGCUGGAGAAGGAGCUGGGAAACCUGGGCAAGGAGAAGGACAAGCAUAUAAAGGCGGCGCAGGCGAAGCUCAAGGGGGCGAAAUCCGGCGCCGAAACCGUGCGCGGAAAACUCAAGAAGGCCGCCGCCGCUCUCGCCGAAGCGGCCGCCGAGAAAGAGGCGGCCGCGGAGGAACGUGCGGCGCUCGAGACGCAGCUGGCCGCUGCCGAGGCGACCGUGAAGGAGCUGGAGGCGGCCGCGGAGAAGCUGGACGCUGAGGUGGCGGAGGUGCGCGGCAGCUACGAGGCAGCUGCCGCAAAGCUGCAGGAGCGCCGCGACGCGCUGUCAGAGUGUGAGCGCGGCAUUGGAGACCUGGCCAAGCAGCGGGCGCAGCUGGAGCGCGAAUCCACUGACGCAGCCGUCAACAAGAAGAAGCUCGAGCACAAGCUGGCGCGCAUGGAGAAGGACGCGCGCGAUUCAGCGGACGUGUGCAAGCAGCUCGAGAAAGAGUACCCCUGGAUCGGCUCAGAGAAGCGCCUGUUUGGACGCCCGGGGAGCGACUACGAUUGGACGGCGCGCGACCCCGAGGCCGCCUUUGCCGAGUACAAGAAGCUGGAGGACACCCUGCAGGGCCUGUCCAAGACCCUGAACAAAAGGGUGAUGCAGAUGUUUGACAAGGCGGAGGCUGAGUACCGGGAGCUGUCUGAGAAGAAGCGCAUUGUGGAAAACGACAAGGAGAAGAUCAAAAAGGUCAUCGCUGAGCUGGACGAGAAGAAGCGCGAGGCUCUGGGCAAGACGUGGCGCAAGGUGAACCAGGACUUUGGCUCCAUCUUCUCCGUGCUCCUGCCCGGCACCUCCGCCAAAUUGGAGCCCCCCGAGGGCGCCACCUUCCUCGACGGUCUGGAGGUGCGCGUGGCGUUUGGGGAUGUGUGGAAGGAGUCGCUGACGGAGCUGUCUGGUGGGCAGCGUUCCCUCCUCGCCCUCUCCCUCAUCCUCGCCAUGCUCCUCUUCAAGCCCGCCCCCAUCUACAUCCUUGACGAGGUGGAUGCUGCGCUGGAUCUGAGCCACACUCAGAACAUCGGGCGCAUGAUAAAGAGCCACUUCCCCUACUCCCAGUUCAUCGUGGUGUCCCUGAAGGAGGGCAUGUUCUCCAACGCCAACGUCCUCUUCCGCACCAAAUUCGUCGACGGCGUCUCAGCCGUCACCCGAACCGCCACCCACCAGAAGGAGGGAACAGCGGCUCAGCAGCAGAAGGCCUCGCAGCGCCAGAAGAGGCCCGCGCUCACAGAGAAUGUCCGCGUAUGAAAGGAGGAUUGCACUGGCGGAGUCAGCCUCUUUGCAGCUGCGGGCAUCACCUGCAUGCGCAUGCAGCUUUAAUAGAAAGUUCUGCUGUUCAAAUACGCAGUCAACAGCGAAGGAUGUCUUUGUGAUUGCACUGUGCGGCACAGUG